AACAUUAUGAAUAAAAAAUUAAUAGUACUAAGUUUAAUUAAUACUUCAAAACUUUUAAGAUGCAAUUAUAUUCUUAAAAAAUAUAUAAAUAAGAUUAAUGAAAAUCUAUUGUAAAAAUUUAAUGUUAUCUUAGUUGAAUAGAAAUGGUUUAUAUUCUUAUUUUUUUCUUAUCAUUCAGUGCCACAAGCAGCGAUCUUGUAUGUAUACAGAGUCAUACCACUGCCAAUCAUGUUUUCAUAAAUAGUGCAAUCAUUUAUAAUACUCUCGUAUAUUAUCCAUUUAUUUUAUUAAAGUAAUUGCUUUAUAUCUAGUUAGAUUUUGAAACGUUAGUGGACUACAGUUUGAUGAGAUAUGAACGUAAAGUAAGUAAAUGAAGUUUCGUCGAUAAUUCAGUGAUUUUUCGAACGUUUGGAAGGAGAAGGCACGAUCGUUGGCACGAUUGACAUAUGUAACAUAACAUAACCUACAGUGAAAAUUGUACAUACGUAACGGUUGUCAAAAAAAUUUCAAUCAACAAUUUUUCGAGAAUUAAAAUAUUAAAAGUACGACGAAGAUGUUGGACUUACAAAAACUAGAAGAAGAAGCUAAAGCAACUGGAACGAAGCAUGUAAUAAACAUGCUUCAGCGUCCAGGUCAACUUGAAAAAGUUGAACAAUUUAAACGCAGAAUCAGUAGAAAGAAGGCCUCAAUCGAAACUAUGUUGAAAACUGGAAUGCAAAGUCAAUUAGAUGGAGUGCGUGUUGGAUUUGAUCAGCUUCAAAGCUCUCUUGAAAGUAUUCAAUCGAUUAAGGAAGAGCUCAACAUGAUUGGACAGUCAUUUGGUUCUGUCCUGGAACUGAAUGCAAAGCUUCAAGCAGUUCAAGAUGAGAAUAUGCGUCACUCACAAUAUGUCACUGCUAAAGAAAAUUUAAAACAUAUUUUUACUGUUCCUGAAAGUGUGGAAAAAACAAAGCAAUGGAUUAACGAUGGCAAACUCUUACAUGCUCAUCAGAGUCUAAUGGAUCUAGAAAAUUCUCGUGAUGAUUUGCUUUAUGAAUUGCACAAGCUUCCAAAUCAAUCCACUGCUGAUAAAAUCAUGUUGAAAGCUUACUUCGAGGAUGUAGAGACACUUUCACAGCUUAUGGAAAAGCAGAUCAGACUGGUGCUUGAUCGAACUUUGAAUACUGUGAGGAAGGAGCCAACAGUCAUUGUAACUGCCCUUAGAAUCAUAGAAAGAGAAGAGAAAGCCGAUCACUUUGCUAUUCAAAGACAACGUCAGAGUGGGUUUAUACCUCCUGGAAGGCCUAAGAAGUGGAAAGAAAUAGCUAUUCGUGUAUUAGAAAAAUCUGUCGCCAAUCGCAUCGAAGGUACUCAUGUAGAUGAAAGAGCUGACAAUAAAAUGUGGCUAGUUCGAUAUCUUGAAUUAACAAGGCAACUCAUCCUGGAGGAUUUGAGAGUUGUUAAAACACUUUGUCAACCUUGCUUUCCACCUUCAUAUAACAUAAUGAGAAAGUUUGUUGAAAUGUAUCAUGUUAGUCUAUCUCAACAUUUAAAAGAUAUCAUUGCUAAUGGGCUUGAAGGUAAUGAAUACGUUUCAUUACUAGCCUGGAUAAUGAAUACUUACAGUGGACCAGAAUUGAUGCGACAUCCAGAACUCAAUAUAGACACCAGCGAUAUUGGACCACUACUCAGUAAUGCAAUAGUCAAUGAUCUUCAAGAAAAAUACUUGCGAAAUAUGUGCCAGAACUAUGAAGACUGGAUGAAAAAAACUCUAGAAACAGAAAAGGUUGAUUGGUGGAGUGGAGUACUACCAGAAGGUACUACACAAGAAAUAUACUACCAUACUGCGGCACCCGUUAUAAUAUUUCAAAUGAUUGAUCAAAAUCUUCAAGUGACCAAGACGAUUAGUGCCAAUCUAACAGCGCAGGCCCUUGUCCUAUGCAUUGAACAGGUAACAAAAUAUGGCAAUAUGUACCAUCAAGCAAUCUUGGAAUUUAAAAACAAACAUUUUGAGGACAGGAGUCUGGUACCUUAUUUUACGCAUCAUAUGAUAACUGUGGUAAACAACUGCUUGCAAUUUGUCGAAUUAGCGCAACAGAUGAAACAACUUUAUUGGGUACCAAAUAUAAGCGCCGACGCAGCUGUGAAAUUUGAAACUCUUUUAGGGAAUUACCAACUGUUGCGCGAUGAGGCGGCUAAGAUUCUACUUGAAGAAUCUUUCCUCGAUUUGGAGCUUCACUUUCAAGAUUUGCUGACGCCAAAAUGGUUAUCAUCACCGAUACCAGUCGAGACAAUAUGUGUCACCUUGGAAGACUAUUUCCAGGAUUACAAUCAUCUACGUGUUAAGAAUUUUGAAUACGUUAUAACGGAGGCACAAAACCUCAUAGCCAAACGAUACAUUGCAGCAAUGCUGCAACGUAAGAUAUCGUUGAAAACGUAUGACGAGUGCUUGACUUGCACUUCAAAAAUAAUGACUGAGGCAGAUAAGCUAAAGAACUUCUUCGUUAGAAUAGCACCUAAGGUCGGCAACUUUGAUUCACCGUUUGAAAUAAUCAAACGACUUGCCGAAGUAUUACGUUGCGAAGAUUCUGAGAUUUUGUCGCUUGACCUGCAUUCGCUAGUCGAGAAAUAUCCGGACAUAACGGAAGAUCAUCUGGUUAGAUUACUCAGCCUCAGGGGCGACAUACCGCGUGCUGAAGCUAGGGAAAAAGUGUCUUACAUUCUGGAAGCACAACGCAACAGGAAAUCGCUGCAGUCUAUGCCUAAUAGCAUAUUUAAGCAAAUCGUAAUUCAAGAUAGUUUCUUGAAUUGGAAGCCUUGAGUAUCUAAAAGAAUAUUAACGAAAUUCGUGAAAGAAUCAGACACUUCAGUGAUGAAUGAAAACUAACACUGUAGAUACUUUAUAAUAAGAAGUAUUUUUAUUAGUGAAAGUUUGAAUAUAAUUCAUAUGAAAUAUAUGUUCGACAACUGGAAGUAAUCAUUGCAAGACAUUAUACAAUUUAUUGUUAGUCGUUAAUUUAUUGCUAUGUUUUAUUAGGAAUCUUAAAUAUACCUUUUUAGAAUA